AUGUCUCAAGUUCAAGGUCCCGGGUUCGCGGACCUUGAAAAGGAGCUGAUCUGUACCGAGCUUCUCUACCAACCCCUCACCCUCCUCGAUUGCCUCCACACCUUCUGCGGAUCCUGCGUGAAAGAGUGGUUCUCCGCACAGGGAUCACGUCGAACUAGCUCACCCCGAUUCACCUGCCCGUCUUGUCGCGCUCAGGUGCGCGAUACCCGCCCAAAUGCCACCGUGACCACCCUGCUGGAUAUGGUGCUAGGUGCACACCCGGAUCGUGCCAGGAGCACCGACGAGAAAGUGGAAAUCGCACAGCGCUACACACAUGGAGAGUCUGUAUUUCCGACGCUGCCUUCGGGCGGGGAGAGCGCAGAGGAUGAAGACGAGGACGAUGCACGGUUAUUGGAGGAGGUGCGCGAGCUGAGCCUCCGAGAGAGUCGGGCGCAAGCCAGGCGGGAGACUCGGCGGACGGCACAUUCUUCCCGGAAUCGUGAGGGCAGUCAUGCUGAUAGACAUACGGAGGAAGGUCGGUCAAGGCGUCGGAGGGAAGAGCGCACGUUGCGGCCUGACGAUUCAGAGCGGUCACGUCGGAUCGAGCACCAGUCUAGCUUGCGAUCAUUGCUCAGUUUGUCAUCAGACACGGAGACAAUGGAGGAAGAGAUUCUGCGCCAGAUCCUCGAGGAUGGAUUGCUGGACGAUAUCAACCUAGAUAAUCUGGGGCCAAGGCAAGAGGAGGAGCUCAGUGAGCGUAUUGCCGAGGCGUAUCGUCGGAGGCACAUGCGACAAUCGCGAUCUGGACAGAGACAAACUCAAGACCCGAGGCAGGAGUCAGAUGUGACUGCACGAACACAUACAAAUACAAGAUCAGAGCCCACCCAGAGGACUAACGAGUCUACAUUGGCCACACGAGAACAAGGUGAUAGACGGCCGCCAGUUUCCAGACCGCAUUUAUUGAACACGGCACCGACGCGACCAAGUAUCUCAAGCCACCAAAGACGAAACUCAGAACAAGGCGGACGGCACCGACGUACCUCCCCCGUGCGAACAAAUCAGGCUUCUGUGUCAGACGACGCCAUACGCCCUGCUCUCCGGUCCGCAAGUGAUAUGACAGCGGAUCGCACUCACAUGUCUCAGACUGGGCGGUUGCGAUCAGAAUCCUCAUCGGCGAGACCCCGACGUGCUACCGAGUCAGAGCAGAAUAUCCCUGGUGCCUGGAUUGCGGGGGGACGAGAAAGAAGCUCCGUCAGACAGGCAACGCACCAGUCGGUUACCAGUCUCCCAGCCACUGCCAAUGCGCCCUCGAUUUCGUCGCCUCAUUCGACUGAUCACAACGUUCCGUCAAUGGCAUCACCACUCGUUCCAACCAGGUCAGAUAGGAGAACGAGACCGCCCUCAUCUCGAUCUAAUGUCUCUGCGUCUUCUACUUCAAAAUAUGUCGAACCAUCCAUACCCUGUGACCGUUGUGGAAAGACCGACAUCCAAUAUGAUCUACACAAAAGGUGCACAGUAUGCAAGGAUGGGAAUUUCCAUUUGUGCCUACGAUGCUAUCGUCUGGGCCGUGGUUGCCUUCGAUGGAGUGGAUUUGGCGCAUCUGCCGACAUCAGCUUCCAACGAAUUAUUGCGUCCUCUACUCGCCGCCCUACACAAAUCAAUGAGUCAGGUCAUGUCUUAGACUGGUUUAAAUACCAGCGUCCGCCAGACACCACCCAUAUCGCGAUGAACGGGGAACGACAAAGGACUGGUGACAACCCGGCCCGCCGCCUACAAAGCGGUCUCUUCUGUGACACGUGCCAAUCGCCGGCGAACGAUUGCUUCUGGAAAUGUAGCAAGUGUAAUGAAGGAGACUGGGGCUUCUGCAAUUCCUGUGUCAACCGAGGACGAUGUUGUACUCACGCUCUAUUGCCCAUUCGCCGUAUAACGCACAGCCCACCUUCAGUACCUUCAUCUACCACACCAACACCACCCGAAGCUCUCGCUAUCCUUCCCGUGCCAACCGAGAUUGAAACCUUCAAGAUCCUAUCAUUCUCGACGAAUUGCGACAUCUGCACCUACCCGAUCCCAGCCUCCAACACCCGCUACCACUGCCUAGAAUGCAAUGGCGGAGACUACGAUGUCUGCAACAACUGCUACUUUAAACUUGUCGCAACGGGCAAAAUUAGCAAAGAAAAUGGCUACCAUGGCUGGCGCCGCUGCCUAGCCAACCACCGAAUGAUAACAGUCGGCUUCGAAGACCACCAAGAAGGACAGCGCCGGGUCAUCGUCCGCGAUCUUGUCGGCGGCCGAGCUCUGAAAGACGAGCAUGUUACGCAGUCCCAACCACUAAAUAUAUCCCCAGCAAACGGCGGACCGGUCGCGUCCCCAGAACAAGGCACCGGCGACUGGAGCUGGAAGGAAGGCCCCGAGCGCCGGAAGAAAGCAUCCCGCCUCCGCACCAGCCUUAUGGCUAACAUAGCCAGCGGAGGUUCCGUCUCUGCUUCUGAUGUUUCCCACACACCCGGUACUCCCUCUGCAAACCCGGCCCAGGGCAUCCCCCCAUUCCGCCGCUUUCCACCUGAUGGCGGCGUCGGUAUCAUCGUCCACGCCAUUUGGUCCUGGUACCCGGAGGAAGAGGUCGAGGACGAGCUGGUCUUCCCUCGUGGCGCGGAUAUCACCGAAGCGGAAAAUAUCAAUGACGAUUGGUUUUGGGGCUGCUAUGCCGGUAGGACUGGGCUGUUUCCCGGUUCGCGUGUUAAGAUUGUAAGGGAGGUUUUUAAGUAG